AUGGCAGCCGACCAUCCCAUGACGGGGAUAUACAGCGCUACAUACAGCGGCAUCCCCGUCUACGAAUUCCAGUUCGGUCCCGACCUUAAGGAACAUGUCAUGCGCCGUCGUGAAGAUGACUGGAUCAAUGCCACUCACAUCCUCAAAGCUGCCGGCUUCGACAAGCCCGCCCGAACCCGAAUCCUCGAGCGUGAGGUGCAGAAGGACGUGCAUGAGAAGAUCCAAGGUGGCUACGGGAAAUACCAGGGGACCUGGAUUCCCCUCGAGCAGGGCGAAGCGCUCGCUCAGCGAAACAACGUCUAUGACCGGUUACGGCCCAUCUUCGAGUUCCAGCCAGGCAACGAGAGCCCGCCGCCUGCGCCUAGACACGCCAGCAAGCCGAAGGCUCCAAAAGCCCGGCCUGCUGUUCCGAAAUGGGGCAGUAAGUCGCAGAACAAGAAGCCCAGCAUUUCACAAGCCCCAGUCCUCUCACACGGUCAUCACCAAGGUGCUGCUGUCCACGAAGAAUAUGAUAACGCCAGCCAGAUGAACGAAGAUGACACCCCGGAUAACCUGACCGUCGCCUCGGCGUCGUACAUGGCUGAAGACGAUCGCUACGACAUGUCGCAUUAUUCUACAGGCCACCGGAAGCGGAAACGGGAGGAGAUACUGCAGGACAUGACCGAGCAACAGCAUGCCGUGUACGGGGAUGAGUUACUAGACUACUUCCUGCUUUCUAGAAACGAGCAGCGUGCCAUCCGUCCGGACCCUCCAACGAACUUCCAACCGGACUGGCCAAUCGACACAGAGCGACAUACUGCGUUGCAUUGGGCGUCUGCUAUGGGCGAUGUGGAAGUCAUCAAGCAGAUGAAGCGGUUCGGUGCGAACCUUGCGUCGCAGAAUGUACGGGGCGAGACCCCUUUCAUGCGGUCCGUCAACUUUACAAACUGCUACGAGAAACAGACCUUCCCGUUGGUCAUGAAGGAGUUGUUUAGCACUGUGGAUGUCCGGGAUUCGUCCGGAUGCACAGUCAUUCAUCACGCCGCUGUUAUGAAGGGCGGGCGUGUGACGAGCCAUUCAUGUUCCCGCUACUACUUGGACAACAUUCUCAACAAGCUGCAAGAAUCGCGCCCCGCAGACGAGUUCCAACAGUUGCUGGACGCCCAGGACAACGACGGCAACACCGCCGUGCACUUGGCUGCCAUGAGGGACGCUCGGAAGUGCAUCCGCGCCCUCCUCGGCCGCGGCGCAUCAACCGACAUACCGAACAACCAGGGGGUCAGAGCCGAGGAUUUGAUCAAAGAACUCAAUGCCACCAAGAGCAAGCACACUCGAGGGCCGCCGCAACGGUCAUCAAGCCCCUUUGCCCCCGAGUCCCAGCGGCACAGCGCCUUCCGAGACGCAAUGGCCGAGUCGGACAGCAAGCACCAAGCAAGCUUCCGCAGCGAGGCGGCGAACACCGUCCAGUCACGCAUCACCCCGCUGGUCUUGCAGAAGUUCCAGGACCUGGCACAGAGUUACGAGAACGAGUUGGACGAAAAGGACGAAGCAGAGAAAGAGGCACGGCGGAUCCUCCUCAACACUCAAGCGGAACUGGCCAACCUGCGCACCUCCGUAUCCGACUUUGAAUCCCGCGCCGAGGCUGACGAGGCAGCGGCCAAGACGGCCGCUGAUGCCGCCGACUUGGCCCGGAAGGUCCUCGCUUAUGUCACACACCAGAACCGUAUCAUAGUAGAGGAUUCCGUCAGUCGUGAGCUAGCGACCGUAAACGGCGACGCAAGUACGGGUAGCACCAAGCCCAACGGACAGGUCUUCGAGCAGGACCAAGCCGUCAGCAACCCUUCGCAAGGGCAAGACGACCACCAGCACCAUCACCGUCAAGCCCCGCAGGAGUCGCCAGAAGAGCGCCUCCGCCUCGCUGACGAACUGCGCAGCCUGCUGAACGACCAGCGCCGCGCCGAGGCAGACUACGUCGACGCCCUGGGCCUGAUGGGCACGGGCGAGAAGAUCGACAAGUACGUGCGCCUGCUCAAGUCGUGCCUGCCGCCCGAGGACCACGAGAUGCUGGACGAGAACCUCGAGGACAUGAUCAAGAUGAUGGAGGACGAGGCCGAGGUUGUCACGGGCGCCGACGGGCCCGCCGGCGCCGCCCACGUCCCCCUGCCCGUCCCGCCCGUGCCCGUGCCCGUGCCCGUGGGGAUGGAGAUUGCCCCUGCCGCCAGAGCUGCUGUUGCUGUGCCUUUGUAG